UUUUUGUUGAUCUUUUUCAGCCUGCUGACACAAAGAAGUAUUGCAUUUAAAAAUAGAAAUGUAUUUCUGGCUGUCGUACUUAAAGAUAACGACAGAGUAAGAUGACCCAUCGUGCAAUUUAAACUUAAACUGAAUCAAAACUUCCAAGUUUAAUGAUGUGCAAAACAGGAAUAAAUGAAGUAAACUGAUGCGACAUGUGAAAGCGCACGUGGACUUAACGUUUUGGAUUACGAUUGUUGUAUAAUUUCCUGUAAAAAUCAUGGCCACUCCGUUGUAUGAUCCUAAACUAUCAGGAGCCAAAUUCAAGAAUUGGAUUAAGGCUGGAUUAGGUGUGUUAUUUACCAAAGAAGGUAUUGAGCCUUUUGUUCAUGAUGAAAUAGAACAGUUCCAGCAAAAAUGUUUGAGGGACAUUUGCAACAAUAAUGGACUUCCUGUUGGUACCACGUGUUCUAGUUGUUGCACAGAAAAUGUCGUCGUUUGCCCCACAAAUAGAAUUUGUAAUGCAAGACGUGGGAAUUGUAACUUCCAUAGAAAUUCUGCCACGCAAUAUCUUCCGUCUGGCUGCCCUAACAAGAUAUGUCAUAAUUUUAAAAACGAGAUACAGCGGGCCCAUCGAUACUACGGUCCAUCCUAUAAAAACACUGAUGCUGCCCAGUGGUGCAGCAAUCCGUGGGAAGUUGCUAAAUGUUUCAUGCCACCUGACGGAUACACAGAUGCGAUGAAUGCAGCAGACACUGAUUUCAAUGGAAUCACCAGUGUUGUCCUGAACUAUGAAGCAUUUCAAACGAAAAUUCACGACGACCUUUCCAAACCGGACAACAUCUUUGAACAGGGUAGAGAGGUAGGCAGAGCAGUUCGACAUUGCCCACAGUUAGAGAUGGAAGAUACAGAUCUACAACACUAUUUUAGUGUCUUACAGAAUCUGCUGUCAGAUCCUGCAUAUCUGUCUGCUAAUACUGCUGCGCAGAAUGCUAAAACGAAAUUAUUACAGCUUCAAAAUGAUACCUUAGUCAUUAGAAAAGACGACGUCCUUAAUGUGCUGGAUGAUGUUCGUAAAACAGUUCAAGAUGCGAAAAGCAAAAUGUUACAAUUUAUCAAACUUACAAAAAAGCAUAUCAGUCAUAUUGUCAAACGUGGAAAUAUGUCAAUGUCUCAAUUAGAUAAAGCAUAUAAAUCUGCAAUGGAUGAAAUAGAAAAGCAAGCAAAGAAAUCGAUUGAAGACGUACAAGCUGAAGGAGCAAAACAAAAAGAAGAUAUAGUGGCAGAAGGACAUACUGUUAAGAGAAAGUUAGCAGAUGCGACUGAUCAAGAAUUUAAAAGGUUGAAAACAGAGGCCACUGCAGUAAUUGCAUCAAAAACUGGUGAAGUUGCAGAACAAAUAGCGGGAGCCAGAGAUGAAGUAUUAGAGCAGAUUGAGAAGACAAAAGCAGAAAGCAAAGAAGAUAUAUACAACAGAUUAAAGAAUGGUAACUGUAUUUUCUUUGCAUAUUUCAUUACCUCUCCCGAACAAGUUCAGUCAAACCUACACGAGCUGGACGAAAAGCAAAUAGAAAAACUAUUUCCACCCACUGGAAACACAAUUGUGGACACAUGGGACCUUCAAAUGCUAAUAAUAGUAGUAUUAAAACUGUUUCAUAAAUCUCUUGAAAAGGCAGAUGUAAGACAUUUACGAGUUUUACAAUGGUUGCGGAAUGAAGUUCAAGCUCACAGUCCUUCAGCAACACUUAAUGUAGUUGAAUACGAGGAUAUCAACGACCAGCUUACUGAUGCAUUAACAAAUGUAGCCUCAGGCUUUGAAGAGAAUGUGCAAGAAGAAUGCAGACUUUAUAUCGACAAGUACACAUCUGGGCCUCUAGAUUUUAUGUUCUCUAGACAGUGUCUAAAGCAAUUACAGGAUAAUGAUGUAUUGUUUAAACAAGUUUUGGAGAAGAUCGAAAAAUCUACAAAUGACAUAUGUGGUGCCUUAAAUGCCACACAGAAGAAUCUGUCGGACGAUGUAAAGAAAAUCAGUCAACAGAUGAUAGGUAAAGACUCUUUUUAUUUUUUGUUUUGUUUAAUGUCAUAUGGUAACUUAACAGCUUUGAUAUCGGUGUUGAAAACAAAACCCCAGGUAACCUUCCGUGUAUUUUUGUCAUCAUGA